CAUGGGGUCCACAGGUACCGAGGCCGCUCAGGGACUGGAGAGCACUCCUUUGAAGUACCCCAUCGGAGGACACACCGAGAAAAUGUGGCAGCGGCUCAAAGGGAUAUUAAGAUGUUUGGUAAAGCAACUGGAGAAAGGUGACGUCAAUGUGAUUGAUCUGAAGAAGAAUAUCGAAUAUGCUGCAUCUGUCUUGGAAGCAGUAUAUAUUGAUGAAACAAGGAGACUCUUGGACACUGAGGAUGAACUCUCGGAUAUCCAGUCCGAUUCAGUCCCACUGGAAGUACGGGAUUGGUUGGCUUCUACCUUCACGAGGAAAAUGGGGAUGACAAAAAGGAGGCCAGAGGAAAAACCCAAAUUUCGAAGCAUCGUGCAUGCAGUGCAAGCUGGGAUAUUUGUAGAAAGAAUGUAUCGAAGAACUUCUAACAUGGUUGGUUUGGCCUAUCCAGCAGAAGUGAUAUCAACUUUUAAGGAUGUUGAUAAAUGGUCAUUUGAUGUGUUUGCCCUCAACGAAGCAAGUGGCGGGCACAGCCUGAAAUUCAUGAUGUACGAAUUGUUUACCAGAUACGACCUUUUGAGCCGUUUCAAGAUCCCUGUUCCCAGUCUUAUUUCGUUUGGGGAGGCUCUGGAAAUAGGCUACAGCAAAUACAAAAACCCUUACCACAACUUAAUCCACGCAGCGGAUGUCACACACACGGUGCAUUGCAUCAUGCUUCUGACUGGUAUCAUGCACUGGCUCACUGAACUGGAAAUACUAGCAAUGAUUUUUGCAGCUGCAGUCCAUGACUACGAGCACAAUGGGACGACGAACAAUUUCCACAUUCAGACCAGGUCGGAUGUUGCCAUUUUGUACAAUGAUCGCUCGGUUCUUGAAAACCAUCAUGUGAGUGCUGCUUACAGAAUAAUGCAAGAAGAAGAAAUGAACAUCCUGGUAAACUUAACCAAAGAUGAAUGGCGGGAACUGCGCAGCCUAGUCAUUGAGAUGGUCUUGUCUACAGACAUGUCAGGUCAUUUCCAGCAAAUCAAAACCAUGAGGCACACUCUGCAGCAGACGGAGGGGAUAGACAAAGCCAAAGCCAUGUCUCUGGUUCUGCAUGCUGCUGACAUAAGCCAUCCUGCAAAGUCCUGGGAACUGCACCACCGGUGGACCAUGGCACUGAUGGAAGAGUUUUUUCGACAGGGAGACAAAGAGGCUGAACUGGGGCUGCCAUUUUCUCCCCUCUGUGAUCGUAAAUCUACCAUGGUGGCUCAGUCCCAAAUAGGUUUCAUUGAUUUCAUAGUGAAGCCAACAUUUUCUCUCCUUACUGACUCCAUGGAGAAAAUUGUUUUUCCUCUUAUAGAGGAAGCUUCAAAAUUGGAAAGCCCUCCUUUUGUGACAACACCCAGUGAGAACAGCACUGGAGUCAGCAGCAGCGACGCUCACAAAAGAAUCGGGGCUCGAAGCGCCGCGUGCUAUGGUGGGACUUGCUCAGAAAACUCGUUAGCAACGGUGGAUUUAAUGAGCUUCAAGGACAACUUGGUUCAGGUCAUCCAAGAAAACAAAGACAGGUGGAAAGAGUUAGCCGAAAAAGAAGAACUUGUGCAAAAUGUUGGCGGGCAGCACAAAGGCCAGCCUAAAGACCAAAGCCGACCUGCCACAGGCACGCAAUUAGAGGAGGUGGCAACUAGGACGCCAAACGAGAAUAAGCAGGGAAGCGACGACACAGCGUUGUCAAUAGACCCGCCCCCCAACUCCGUGGUUCUUCAAAUGAACUCUCUCAAUUCACCUAUCAAUGUACCUGGCUCUGAGACCGUGUCUAAACUUCCUGCAAAUAUGAAAGGAAUGGCCGAUGGACAGCAAGAAACUCAGGCUACCGCUCCUCUAAAUGGUGAGCCUAAACUUUGCAAGAAUACAGAAGAGCCAGUACAAGCAUCAGAACCAAACCAGGCUAUGAUACGCAACUAGAAGACCUGCAUCUUCCUUGUUUCUUGCCAUUUUGAAAAU